AUGAAAAUACGCAUUAAUGUUACAACUGAUUAUUUUACAGAUGGUGAUGUUACAGAUGGUGAUGUUACAACUGAUUAUUUUACAGAUGGUAAUGUUACAGAUGGUAAUGUUACAAAUGAUUAUUUUACAGAUGGUGAUGUAACAGAUGGUGAUGUUACAACUGAUUAUUUUACAGAUGGUAAUGUUACAGGUGAUUAUGUUACAGAUGGUAAUGUUACAGAUGGUGAUGUUACAGAUGGUGAUGUUACAGAUGGUAAUGUUACAAAUGGUGAUGUUACAGAUGGUAAUGUUACAGAUGGUGAUGUUACAGAUGGUGAUGUUACAGGUGGUAAUGUUACAGAUGGUGAUGUUACAGAUGGUGAUGUUACAGAUGGUAAUGUUACAGAUGGUGAUGUUACAGGUGGUAAUGUUACAGAUGGUAAUGUUACAGAUGGUGAUGUUACAGAUGGUGAUGUUACAGAUGGUGAUGUUACAGAUGGUGAUGUUACAGAUGGUGAUGUUACAGAUGGUGAUGUUACAGAUGGUGAUGUUACAGAUGGUAAUGUUACAGAUGGUAAUGUUACAGAUGGUGAUGUUACAGAUGGUAAUGUUACAGAUGGUGAUGUUACAGAUGGUGAUGUUACAGAUGGUAAUGUUACAGAUGGUGAUGUUACAGAUGGUGAUGUUACAGAUGGUGAUGUUACAGAUGGUGAUGUUACAACUGAUUAUGUUACAGAUGGUAAUGUUACAGAUGGUAAUGUUACAGAUGGUGAUGUUACAGAUGGUAAUGUUACAGAUGGUGAUGUUACAGAUGGUAAUGUUACAGAUGGUGAUGUUACAGAUGGUAAUGUUACAGAUGGUGAUGUUACAGAUGGUAAUGUUACAGAUGGUGAUGUUACAGAUGGUAAUGUUACAGAUGGUGAUGUUACAGAUGGUGAUGUUACAGAUGGUAAUGUUACAGAUGGUGAUGUUACAGAUGGUAAUGUUACAGAUGGUGAUGUUACAGAUGGUGAUGUUACAGAUGGUGAUGUUACAGAUGGUGAUGUUACAGAUGGUGAUGUUACAAAUGAUUAUGUUACAGGUGGUAAUGUUACAGAUGGUAAUGUUACAGAUGGUGAUGUUACAGAUGGUGAUGUUACAGAUGGUGAUGUUACAGAUGGUAAUGUUACAGAUGGUGAUGUUACAGAUGGUGAUGUUACAGAUGGUGAUGUUACAGAUGGUGAUGUUACAGAUGGUAAUGUUACAGAUGGUGAUGUUACAGAUGGUGAUGUUACAGAUGGUGAUGUUACAGAUGGUGAUGUUACAGAUGGUGAUGUUACAGAUGGUGAUGUUACAGAUGGUGAUGUUACAGUUGGUGAUGUUACAGUUGGUGAUGUUACAGAUGGUGAUGUUACAGAUGGUGAUGUUACAGAUGGUGAUGUUACAGAUGGUGAUGUUACAGAUGGUGAUGUUACAACUGAUUAUGUUACAGAUGGUAAUGUUAUAGAUGGUGAUGUUACAGAUGGUAAUGUUACAGAUGGUGAUGUUACAACUGAUUAUGUUACAGAUGGUGAUGUUACAGAUGGUGAUGUUACAGAUGGUGAUGUUACAGAAGAUUAA